UUAAUCUCAUAUCAACCAACUUCAUCCCCAUUAUUUAUAAUUAUAUUCCCUAAUUUCCCUCCCAAUAUCUAGACACGCAAAGAGCUAGCUCUAUAAAACAUCUUAUUUGGAUUUUGGAAUGAUAAAGCUCUUUGUGACAACAAAGUUUAUCACUAUUCACUACCAUAUUAAUUCCCUUUAGAGUUUGCUUAUUAUUGUCAUUGGUGAACAAGGACAUUGGCUAGCUAAAUUAAUAUUAUUUUGUGUUGUGUUUACCUAAUAGGCUAGGCAAUAUGGAGGGACAUGAAAUUUUGGGGUUUGGUUUCUUUGUAAUUGGUUUAUGGCACCUCUUCAACCACAUCAAACUCCACUUUGUUUGUUCCUCUUCAAAACCCAACACAUCAACACUAUGGUUUCCAACCAAAAUAAGCAAAUACAUGGAACUUCAUUUCAUCAUGGCAAGUUGCAUAAUCUUCAUAGCCAUGGAACUCUUCAUUACUCCACUUCAUCACCAACCAUUUGACCCUAAAGAUGGAACAAUUCCCUCCAACCAUCUCCACAACUUCGAACAUUCCUCCAUGGCCUUAUCUUUCUUAACCUAUGCAACAUUUGCCAUAUUUCUUGAUAGAAAAAAAUCCACUAGUACUACUAAAACUAAAAAAAAUGAACUUACCCAUUUGCUAGCAUCUAUAGCAUUUGCACAACAAUUUCUUCUUAUCCAUCUUCAUUCAAGAGAUCACAUGGGUAUAGAAGGACAAUACCAUUAUUUAUUGCAAGUUUUGAUUUUUAUUUGUUUGGUUAUGACCCUUAUGGGAAUUGGAUUUCCAAAAAGCUUUUUGGUUUGUUUUGUGCGUUCUAUUAGCAUAAUCUUCCAAGGUUUGUGGCUUAUGUUCAUGGGGUUUAUGCUAUUUACACCUGGUUAUGCUCCAAAAGGUUGUUUCAUGAAACUUGAGGAGGAUCAAUUUGUGGUUAGGUGUAGUGAUGAAAAGGCUCUUCAUCGUGCUAUUUCAUUGGUGAAUAUUCAAUUCAGCUGGUUCUUGAUUGGAGUCACUGUUUUUGCUGUUUCAUUAUACUUGAUUAUGGCUACAAGAUAUCAUGAAAAAGUGGAAUAUGUUUCAUUGAUGAAGGUAGAACAUUAUUGUGAAGAAGAUGGGUUAAAAAAUUUCGAUGUUGAGUCUCAAUGCCAAAAGAUCACUACAAGCAUGCAAGACCAAAUUUGAAGAACUUUGAGAAAUUAAUAAAUGUCUUACUUGUGACACACACAAACAAAAAACAAAACAAAUGUAUUGCUUAAAUUAUAUAUUUCUUGUUGUAGAAGGAAAAAAAAUUAAAACAAAUAGUGUUUAAUUAUUUGCCACAUUACGGUAUUAUUCCGAGCAUACUUGAUUAUUAUUAUCGCAA